AUGAGCUACAAGGCCCCGACUGUCGAAGAAGAGCUUGCUCUUAUGGCUGGUCCAAGCAACUCAGAAGUCGUGGUGCAAUCUAAACCACUCUUUCUUGAUAGAACCUCCGUUUCAUACCCGCCGCUAGACGAAGCAAGCCAGGAGGAAGGGGGAAAAGGCAAUCAAGGGGAAGAAGAAAACGAAAACGAAAAAACUGCCGAAAUGCGACAGAAAGCGAUUGAAGAUAUCCUGAAUGGCCAAGCAGAUGAAUAUUUGCGAAUUCUAGGUGUCACGGAAGAUUCCACCGAAAGGCAAAAAAUAAAGGCCUACCGUAAAAAGGCCCUUCUCGUUCACCCAGAUCAGAAUAAGAAAAGACCAAAGCAAGCCAAAGAGGCUUUCAACUGGCUCAGAAAUGCUCUCGAGAAGCUGAAGGAUCCAGAAACAGAGAUGCCCGAUCCCAAGCUAGUUCCAGUGGGGGAGAGCUGGCAUGCCAAUGCAUUUUCCGACAGUGAUACGGAUGAGGAAGGAGGCGACGGAAAUAGCUCGGCCGGCGAAGCUGAUGACGAGAAAAGGAGCAGCAAGGGAAAGCAUGCCGCAACUAGGAUCGAGCGCGAAGCUCCGGAGCCAGUUAAACGGAUCUAUGAAGAUGUCACUGCCGAUGUUUUGCAACUAUUGCAGUGUCCUGAGGACGAGGGUGCACUACAGAACAUACGUCAGGCACAUCAACGCAUCCUGCAGUACUAUGACGAGCUCGACCCCCCUGUGAAUGACGAGGAAAAAGUCAACCUUGAACCUUCACUUUUGCAGGCAAUUGCUCGGACCAGCAGGGAGAUGCUAAAAAAACUCGAGGAUGAUCCAGGAGAUGUCAAUGCAGAACAGAUCUAUAGGAACCAAGAAUCGCUACUUGACACCAAUGGCCGUUUUUUCGGUUGGCCCACAAGCUGGCGUCUCGCAAAGGUGGAUAUAGCGAAGCCCGGUAUUGCGAGCACGACGAACGCGGGACCCUAUGUCGAGCGCUUAAAGGUCGACCCCGACAAUGCAGAGGCAAUUUCAAAAUUACAACACAUCAACAGGGCAGCGAUUGAGUAUCAGAACCAUAACGCAUCAGAAAUGGCCCUUGAUGGUAAAGACCCUGUUCCAAUAGACAUAUUACGGGAUUACUACAGGACAAUAAAUAGCUUUGUUUCGCGCCUCAGAGACGAACCCAAUGAUGUUGCUGCCUAUCGCAAGGCAGAGACGAUCAACGACGAAUUUCUGGACUACUUGAACAACCAUGAUUACCCACGUUCUUGGGCAAUAAACAUACGCGACAUUCUACUUGACACAAGACCCAAGACGCGUGAUAGGGAACUCAGCGCGCCGAAAACACGGGAUGGGGAGCAAAUCUGCGGCUAUAGAUCAUGGAAGAACGGAUAUAACAAGGGUGGAGAGGACAGGUACGCAUAUCUAUUCGCUGUUCUGCCAGAUCAAAAUGUCCCCAUCGGCGUACUGCGGUCUGGUAGCCUACUCGGUCAGGAGGCGAAAAGAGAGUACCUUGCCUUUAGGGGCAAGAAUGAGGUCAGGAAAUACAAAACGUCCGAUGAAGAUCGAUGGCAGGAGCUUGAGCGCGUUUUCGUACACACCACAGGAACCAGACACGAGACCUGGGUUCAGCCGUUACUGGCUGACAGAUCUGCCACAGGCCAGCUGGAGCAUAUUGAGCGACCUCUUAUGACUCGCACAGAGUAUCGCAAGCUUCGUUGUGGCAUCGACGGUGAUUAUGAUAUUGUUGAUCUUUAUGAGAAGCACGGGCUGAAUCCACCAAAUCAUGUCAUGGCAAGGUUACCCCGAGAUCGCUCAUCCAAAAACAAAAGGAGUGUGCCACUUCUGGAAUCCUCAACUUACAGGAGGUCCCAAGAUCAUGACACUGACGUGCUGGAUGAAAUACUAGCUCAACUACGGCGACAAAGCCUGGAGAGAAAACAGGGGAAGGAAAGACAGAAAGUGAAAGAACGAGAGACAAAGAAACGUUCCGAACGUGAACUAGCAAUUCUCAAUGAGGCACUUUCGGAACAGACGGUCCCGUCACAAACAACCACCACGCCAAUCGUGGUGCCGAAAGCCAGCAGCGCCACCGCCACAAGCCAGGACGAGGAAAUCAAAAGCCUUCAAUUGCAGAUAGCUAAGCUGACAUCCCUUCUUUUGGCGAAAUAA